AUGGGCUUCGCCGACCUGCUGGAUGAGGUGGGGGGGUUCGGCAGGUACCAGUGGCUCCAUGUGACCCUGAUCAGUUUACCUGGGCUCAUGAUGGCGAGUCAGAACCUGCUCAACAACUUCAUCUCUGGAAUCCCCGCCCACCACUGCAGCCCGGCCAAUCACAGCCUCCGAAACCUGUCUCACUACCAGGUGGACGAGCAGCAGCUGAUGAAGGUUUUCAUUCCUCUCGACUCUUCAGGAAAUAGACUCGACCGCUGCAGGAGGUACGUGGAGCCUCAGUGGCAGCUGCUAGAUGCUAAUGUGACGGCUAACGUUAGCGCGCUGACGGAGGAAUGUUUGGACGGAUGGACGUUCAGCCGCGCCGAGUUUCACGCAACGACCGUCUCCGAGUGGGACCUGGUGUGUACGCUGCGUCCUCUCAAACAGAUGAUUCAGACCAUUUAUAUGGGCGGAGUUUUAACAGGAGCCAUCAUCUACGGAGGGCUGUCAGACAGGUUUGGGAGGCGGUCUGUCCUCAUCUGGUCUUACCUGCAGCUAGGUGUGCUCGGCUGUUGCUCCGCCCUUUCUCCGUCUUACUCCACCUACUGCGUCUUCAGGUUCCUGAGCGGCAUGGCGGUGUCCGGGAUCAUCCUCAACGGAGUCUCACUGAAGGUGGAGUGGAUCCCGACCAAGGCGAGGACGUUAGUCGGCACGCUCACUUCCUUCUUCUUCACCUUUGGUCAGAUGAUCCUGGCGGGGCUUGCCUAUUGGCUGAGGGACUGGAGGAAGCUGCAGGUGUUCGUCUGUGCUCCCCACUUCCUGUUCUUCGCCUACAGCUGGUGGUACUCGGAGUCGGCCCGUUGGCUGGUCCUGCGUCGGCGUUCUGAGGACGCGUUGAAGACGCUUCACCGCGUCGCUCGGAUCAACGGGAGACCGGAGAUGGUCGACAAGCUAACGCUGGAGGUGCUCCAGUCCCACAUGAAGAAAGAGAUGGAGCUCAGCCAAUCGUCUUUCACCGCCUACGACCUGCUGAGGACCCGAGGGAUGAGACGCAUCUCCAUCUGCCUCAUCGCCGUCUGGUUCUCCACCAGCUUUGCGUACUACGGUUUGGCGAUGGACCUGCAGAAGUUUGGGGUGAGUAUUUACUUGAUGCAGAUCAUCUUUGGAGCCGUUGAUUUUCCCGCCAAACUUCUGGCUCUGGGCAUGCUCAGUUACCUCGGCCGGAGAGUGUCUCAGGCCGUCUGCCUCUUCCUGUCAGCCCUCAUCAUCUUCGCCAACAUCUUCGUCCCGACAGACAUGCAGACCCUCAGGACUACGUUGGCGUGUCUCGGUAAAGGUUUCACCUCGGCUUCCUUCACCACCGUGUACCUUUACACCGGAGAGCUGUACCCCACCAUCAUCAGGCAGACUGGGAUGGGUCUCGUCUCCACGAUGGCUCGAAUCGGCAGCAUGGCGGCGCCGGCCGUCCUCAUCCUGGACGAGGUGUUCCCAGCUCUGCCCAGUGUGGUGUACGGGGGGGCGGCGGUGCUGGCGGCCGGGUUCGCCUGCUUCCUGCCGGAGACGCUGAACGUACCACUGCCCGACACCAUCGACGACGUGGAGGAGAGAUGGUCUGGACGAGGCCCCGCCCACCAGCAGAAGGAGGACAUGGCUCUGACGGGGGUUGGGGCCCCUGAGGACCCGGGGACCCCUGAGGACGACCCGGGGGCCUUAAAGGACAGUUUGGCUUUAAAAGAACUGAAGGAAGCAGAAGGGACCGGUCUCAACGCCCUCUGA